AUGACUACUGAAACAAAUAACGAAUUAGACGAUGAUAGAAUAUUAGAAGAGUCUUUAAGGGAGAAUGCAUUUUCUGGAUUCGAUGAAAGAUUGAUAGAAGAAGAAAGUCUGAAAAGGAAAUUGAAAUUUUUUUACAUGAAUCCAAUUGAAAAAUGGAACAAUUUUAUGUUUAGUAAUAAGAUAUCGUUUUGCCAUUUGUUUCUAAGCGGAUGGGAUGCGACGAGAGAAGUAAUUGCAUACCCACCUCAAUCGGGUGAUUUGGCCAUAUAUAAAAUAUCUGACUUUUAUACAGUUAUAGACUAUGCCGUUAUAAAUUAUGCCAAUUUAGAUGAUGCAAUAGGUUCCUACAAAUAUCCUAAUAACAGUAGCAUGGGACACAUUCAAAUGUGUUUAAAAUUGAAAAAUGGUUUGAACGAAAGUGAUAAUUGCAAACAUUAUAAUUGUUAUAAUUUGAAUGAUUUUCAAAUUCGAGUCGAAUGCUUAACAAUAAUUGUCACAAAAGAAAAUUCUAAAAAUUUUUCAAUUAAAAAUUAUUUCGAUGAAAAUAAAAUAAAACUUGAAUUUUCAUCAUUGAUUGAUGCCACUCUUUCGUUUGAAAUAAAAACUGUGCAUUCGAAUUUGAUUUCAUUAAACUGUUUUAGUUUUAACAUAAGUAUUAAAUUUGACAAUAAACACAAUUCUGGACAAAUGAAAUAUGAUCUUACCUUAAAUAUAAAAGGUUUAAAUUGUGACAAAAAGUAUUUCAAUCCCCCUUAUUCGAUUAUAAUCAGUUUUUUAAAUUUUUCCGUUAUAAUCAUUUGUUGUUUAUCGAUUAUUUUAUGCGUGAGAUCUCUUUUAAGAACUCAAUACCUUAAAAAGAAAACAAUUUAUCAUUUUAAAAAAUAUUACAGUAGAAAUGUUAGCUGGGAAGGUAGAAUGGAAUUUUUUAAUCCAUGGUACGUUAUUAUGAUAUUCGGUGAUGUAUUAAUACUUAUAAGUUUGGUUUUCAGGUAUAAAAUAGAAGAAGAUGAAUUUUCAGGUGAUGAAUUAAACAUGUGCAGUUUAAUAUUAGGCUGUGGUAAUUUUUUAGUUUGGUUCAGUUUGCUUAGGUAUUUAUGCUUUUUCAAAACUUACAAUGCCAUCAUUUUAACGUUGAAAAUGGCAGCUCCAAAUAUAUUUAGAUUCAUGGUGUGCGUUCUUCUCAUAUACUCGAGUUUCACAUUUUCCGGUUGGUUGAUAUUGGGUCCCUAUCACAUGAAAUUUCGAACACUUUCUGGUACCUCCGAAUGUUUAUUCGCAUUGAUAAACGGCGACGACGUUUUUGCUACUUUUAACACAUUGCAACCCACGGAUUCGAAAACUAUAUGGUAUUUCUGUCGGAUAUACCUUUACGUUUUUAUAUCUCUUUUCAUAUACGUUGUCCUAUCUCUGUUUUUAUCCAUCGUCGAAGGAGCUUACGAAAUAAUAAAACAAUCCGGUAAAGAUGGAUUUCCUAAAUCCGACAUAAAAACAUUUAUUGAAACUUCAUCGAAUAAUUCUUUGCAAAGUUUAGCAUCAUCUUCAUAUCCGGAUUGCACUCUUAUUUGUAAUGCGGAUAAUUUGAAACUGAAAAACAUAACGGCAAAAAUUUGUUGUUGUCAGAGCCUUCUUAAAAAUCCUAGAACCUAA